UGAGUUAAAUAUCCUCCCCCCACGGUGGACAGCGGACGGGACUUUGUCAGGGAGUUCUCAAGAGCCCAGCGGUGCCAGCCUCCCUUGCAAAAGUUUUUUCUUCAACAAAGGAAAUACCAGCUGAGUUGUGGGGCUGGGGUGCUGCCGGCGGUGCUCAGCCCCUUGGUGGAGGGAGGACUGUAAAAGAGAGCUGAGAAUGAGAGAGCCUUACCAUGAAAGACCUGAAGCUCUUGCUGUACACAUCAUCGAUGAGCUGUGGAGUAGUGCCUGCCUCAGAGGAUGGAUGUGAAUGUGGACUGGAACUCUGAGAAUAAUGUUCAUGACACAGGUGAGAAGCAUUCUCAUAACUCCAGGAAGACCACUAAACCAGUGUGCCACACACCUAGCCUCCAGAAGGAGGUAGAUAUGAAUUACUCACAGGCAUGCAGUCCUCAUUGCAACUCCGCUGGACCUUCAGGUAAGCAGGAGCUUCCUGCGGAGCUGCAGCAUGAAGACAAAGAAGCCUAUGAGACCUACUACCAGAAACAAGGUGAGAGUAGAGCUGGAGCCGUUGUCCCCUCCAGUACUGACUUUGACCUGCGGUGUGAAGAUAAAGGUUUGGAGCCCCGUUCCUCUGAGCAGUCCAAGAAACCACAGCGACUGUGCGACGACAGCGAAAGCACCGCUCUUGCCGACGCGUUCCAUGAGGACCUGGAGCCUGUCUCUGAGGAAGCUUCGCCGUAUCGGUGCAGGAAGUGCGGCUCCUCUUUCCAGGCCGUGAGCGAGCUGCAGGAGCACAAGCGCAGUCACCUGCUGGGAAGCUCCUACCGGUGUCCCGUCUGUGCCAAGGAGUUCUUCCGUGCGGCCAACCUGCGCAUGCACAAGCUCAUCCAUUCCAGCGACCGCCCGCACAGGUGCCCCGAGUGCGACAAGGGAUUCAUCCGCACGGCCGACGUCUGGAGGCACUUGCGCAACGUGCACAAGAUCGAGCGCUCCAUGGUCAUCCUGGGCAACGGCAUGGCCAGGAACCCCUGGUCCGUGGUGCACCGCAACCAGCACACCGUGGAGUACACCGGGCAGCCCUGCGCUGAGAGCCACAGGGCUGAGGAAGAGGACUAUAAACCUUACGCCUGUCCCACGUGCGGCAAAGGUUUCGAUAAGCCCAACCUGCUGUCCAAGCACAAGGUGAUCCACCGGCAGGACAAGCCCUACAAGUGCCAGGAAUGCGGCAUGGCGUUCGUCCAGCUGCUCAGGCUGAAGAGACACCAGCAGACGCACUCUGGGGAGCGCCCCUUCUAUUGUGAGGAGUGUGGAGGGACCUUCACCCGGCUGGCAUCGCUGCAGCGCCACCACCGCAUCCACACCGGGGAAAAGCCCUACUCUUGCGGUUACUGUGGGCACUCCUUCACCGAGUCGGGCACCCUGCGGAGGCACGAGCGCACGCACAGACCAGACAAAGCUUAACUCUUGUUCCAUUUGUGGUUGGGCUCUCCUUGGCUGCUUCUUGCCUGAACCAGGUCUGCUCGGUUGGGCUGGAGACAGCACUCCGCUGCAUGUGCUCAGGCCGGUCUGGACCUGCUUCCCAGCCAUGGCUGUCAGGGAGCACUAUGUAAUGGGUAUCUCUGGGAGUUGUACUGGUAGAGGUCGUACGUACUGGCUUUAAACUGGCUUUGUAUGAAAAGAAUAACCUAAUUACCACUGAGUCAUGAACUGUGAGACUUGAGAAGAUGGAAAUUGCUCACGUGUGCCAGCACUGCCUCAGUUUGCUGAACUGACAAUGUGUCAGCUUGAGCUUCUCACAAAGAUGCGCAGACUGUGAGACUUCUCUCUGCAGUCUUGGUCACUGGACAAAUUAGUCCUUCCCGCUCCAGUGUGAUGGUUCUUUGGCACUGGGUUUGGAGAUCUGCUGCUGCAGGUCUUUGCUACUUCAGAACAUUCCAUAGCUGUCCCUGGCAUUCUACUGAGCUUUUCUUGCCAUUGCUUAUUGGUUUUUAUUUGGAGGGGAAGUAUUGUGUUGGUUAUUUAACAGUAAAAGAACCAAAAAGCAACCACAGAACAGUUCCUUAAUAAACUCAGCAGUUUCCAGCUGUAUUCCAUGAAUGUUUCUGUCUAAGGGAGUACCUAUCCCUGAUGCACUUUCAUGGGAUCAGUUGAGUGUCUGGUAAUCAUGGAAAAAAUCUUGAUUUUUCUCUAUGAUGCUGCAUG